GUCAACCUCUGGAAGUAAGUCAACUCCAUUCUGAAAAAGAAGAGUGUCGCAAGAAGUGAAAGUGAUUUUGACCAGAGGUGACUUGUCUCCACUUCUCCCCUCCUCUCCAGAAAAGGAUGGAGCAGCAAAGAGGAGGGUGUGCGCGUGUCUGGUGGAGGCGGGUAAAGAAAUGGGGUGUCUUUAAAGCAAUAGCUUAGCAAAUACUGGGACUAGAGUGCGGCUCGAGUCCACUCCUCAACAGUUUGGCGAGAGUCCGCCAGGUGAGUUGUAACCCCUGUUAGCAGGAAGAAUCUUUUCGCUUUCAUUGCCCUCCCUACCGCCCCCCAUAACACCUGAAGGGGAGGGUCUCAAAGGUCUUUUGAGCCCGGACUUGAUCCCCUCUCCUCACCACCGCUACCACCCCACGCCCAGCAGUCCCCAUCACCCGCCCUUUCUCCACCUCCAACCUUGACUCUGGGUACAAACAGGUCCUCGCACAACCUGACGAGAGAGGAGCUUCAUUGGUUAGAUCCAAAUCCCAGCGGAAGGGAGGGGCCCAGGAGGGAGGAGGCCGAGCACUGCUGUGGGCGGGAAGCCCACCUGGGGUCGGGGGCUGAGGAGCCGGAGGAGGGGCGAGAGACCCGGGUCCUCAUCCGCGGAGUUACGGUCGGAACAAACUUGGCGAGUCUAGCAGCGCAAGCGCGCGGAUGCUAACCCCAGAACCUUCAGCGCGCGGGCACGAAAGGGUGUGGAGCGGUAUACAUAGCUCUACAUACACAUUGAGCGCUGAGCGAGAAAGGAGGGGGCGAGGAAGGCAGGUUCCGCCUCCCCUGGCCCCGUGCACACACACGCCCACCGCGGCUCGGGCUGGCUGAGCGCGGGCGAGUGUGAGCGCGAGUGUGCGCACGCCGCGGGAGCCUCUCUGCCCUCUCCUCGCACCCUGCUCAGGGCAUCUGAAGAGCCUGGAAACGUGAACAGGCUUGAAGUAUGGCAUGUUGCAAAGAUGGUUUCUGCCAAGAAGGUACCCGCGAUCGCUCUGUCCGCCGGGGUCAGUUUCGCCCUCCUGCGCUUCCUGUGCCUGGCGGUUUGUUUAAACGAAUCCCCAGGACAGAACCAAAAGGAGGAGAAAUUGUGCACAGAAAAUUUCACCCGCAUCCUGGACAGUUUGCUCGAUGGUUAUGACAACAGGCUGCGUCCUGGAUUUGGGGGUCCUGUUACAGAAGUGAAAACUGACAUAUAUGUCACCAGCUUUGGACCUGUUUCUGAUGUUGAAAUGGAAUACACAAUGGAUGUGUUCUUCAGACAGACAUGGAUUGACAAAAGACUAAAAUAUGAUGGCCCCAUUGAAAUUUUGAGAUUGAACAAUAUGAUGGUAACAAAAGUAUGGACCCCUGAUACUUUCUUCAGGAAUGGAAAGAAAUCUGUCUCACAUAAUAUGACAGCUCCAAAUAAGCUUUUUAGAAUUAUGAGAAAUGGUACUAUUUUAUACACAAUGAGACUCACCAUAAGUGCGGAGUGUCCCAUGAGAUUGGUGGAUUUUCCCAUGGAUGGUCAUGCAUGCCCUUUGAAAUUCGGGAGUUAUGCCUAUCCAAAGAGUGAGAUGAUCUACACCUGGACAAAAGGUCCUGAGAAAUCAGUUGAAGUGCCGAAGGAGUCUUCCAGCUUAGUUCAAUAUGAUUUGAUUGGGCAAACCGUAUCAAGUGAAACCAUCAAAUCGAUUACGGGUGAAUAUAUUGUUAUGACGGUUUACUUCCACCUCAGACGGAAGAUGGGUUAUUUUAUGAUUCAGACCUAUAUUCCAUGCAUUAUGACAGUGAUUCUUUCUCAAGUUUCAUUCUGGAUAAAUAAAGAAUCAGUUCCCGCUAGGACUGUAUUUGGAAUAACAACUGUCCUCACCAUGACCACACUAAGCAUCAGUGCACGACAUUCUUUGCCCAAAGUGUCCUAUGCUACUGCCAUGGAUUGGUUCAUAGCUGUCUGCUUUGCUUUUGUAUUUUCGGCCCUUAUCGAGUUUGCUGCUGUCAACUAUUUCACCAAUAUCCAAAUGGAAAAAGCCAAAAGGAAGACAUCAAAGCCCCCUCAGGAAGUUCCCGCUGCUCCAGUGCAGAGAGAGAAGCAUCCUGAAGCCCCUCUGCAGAAUACAAAUGCCAAUUUGAACAUGAGAAAAAGAACAAAUGCUUCGGUUCACUCUGAAUCUGAUGUUGGCAACAGAACUGUGGUGGGAAACCAUUCAAGCAAAUCUUCCACAGUUGUUCAAGAAUCUUCUAAAGGCACACCUCGGUCUUACUUAGCUUCCAGUCCAAACCCAUUCAGCCGUGCAAAUGCAGCUGAAACCAUAUCUGCGGCAAGAGCACUUCCAUCUGCUUCUCCUGCUUCUAGCCGAACUGGAUAUGUGUCUCGAAAGGCUUCAAUUGCAUCUGCUUCUACUCGUCACGUGUUUGGAUCAAGAUUGCAGAGGAUUAAGACCACAGUUAAUACCAUAGGGGCUACUGGGAAGUUGUCAGCUACUCCUCCUCCAUCAGCUCCACCACCUUCUGGAUCUGGCACAAGUAAAAUUGACAAAUAUGCCCGUAUUCUCUUUCCAGUCACAUUUGGGGCAUUUAACAUGGUUUAUUGGGUUGUUUAUUUAUCUAAGGACACUAUGGAGAAAUCAGAAAGUCUAAUGUAAUUUUGUUGCUAUAGUAGUUUGCUAAAAGAUGAUGAAAAUGCAGAAUGUCUUUUUAAAUGUUUUUAAAUAUAAACAACUAUUCUUUAUUAAAAUAAAAAAUCUAUGUAAUUUUUCCAUUUAAAGAUAUAAGCCAGUUAUUGGGAGAGUUAAUUCCUCAGUGAAAAAGUGAAGUAUGUUUUUAUUUUCCAGAAAAAUUAUUUUAAAAGAACUCAGCAUUCACUUAGAUAGAAUACACACCAUCCUGGAAAGUUGGGAUAAGAGAAAUAGAGCUAUUAGAGACAUGUGGCACAUAUUUUUUCAUUGAUAUUUGAAAACAGACUAUGACAUUUUAAAAAUCUACCCGAUGAAUAUCAACCUGCCACCCUAAAUUUCCCAGUGGCACUGCCCUUAACGAGAAUUGUUUAUUGGAUGUCAUGUGCAGUGACCUUUGGUGAUCUUCUUAGGAGCUUCAGGAAAAGAAAUAUUCCUGUUAAAUGAAACAUUGGCAAAAAAAAAAAAAAAAAUGGAAUAGUAUAAAUGCUGAUCAAUAGAGUAAAAACUGUGCAGCAUAAAAAACUAAGACAAAGACCAGAGGAAACAUGUUCCCUUUCUUAUGUUGGCCAAACAGUACUUAACAGUUAAUUUGAAAUUUUGUUCUCUGAGCCAAAGUUUAACUCAUUGUAUGAAUUCUUUUUCAUGGUAGUUCAUUCAGGUAUGUAUUUAUUUACUACAUAGUUAUUCAGAGCCUGCUGUGUUCCAGGAACUAUGCUAGAAACUGUCUCUCUAGGAAAGCUCUUGCACCUUUACCUACAAUAUUACUUAAAAAGUAGAACACACAAUGCAUGCCAAAGAACCAUAAACUAGCAGAGGACAUUGCAUUCUUUAGUGAAGGACAUUUAUUUAGAGUCUGACAACAUAUUCAAAAUAUUUUCUCCUCCUAUACUGAUAGUGGAUAACAAAUAUAUUUGUUCACAUAACCACUUUGAGAUAAGUACAUGUUAGUACAACUUCAGCAAUUGGUUUUCCAAAUAGAUGAGAAUGUGGUACAGAUUGUUCUGUAAGUGAAAAGCAUUGUGUACUUGAAAGUAAAAAUCUGGGCACUACAAAACUUAAUAGAUUAACUGUCUCAAAUUUGAUCAGAGUCACAGAGUAGAAUUUGAUCAGAAUCACAGAAUCAUCAGAAAUAGGAACUCAGCACGGUCAUUUUCAGGUGCUUUCCCCAACAUAGAUCUAUAUAUUAACUAGUGAAAUGCUGUAUUUUGAAGAAUUUUUGUGUCUGUAGUUCUGUAAUUCUGGGCAGUCUUCAUGUUGGUUUUUUAGGAGUUUUUUUUUUUUAAGGUUUUAUAACUAAGGUGAACAUUUUAAAAUUAAGAGACCGGCAAAUGAAAGGAGUAAAGAAAAUAUAGCUGUGGGGUAGAAUGCCACUGACCCUGCUAUGUGGUUUAUUAGGAUUUUCAUCUACUGACUUCUUUCUCAUUAGGUAGGCUUAACAACUUAAUUGAAAAUUUUGCAACUGUCUAUGCAGCUCAACCUAAGUCUGGUUUCUGUCAUAUUGCCUUUAGAUUUUCUUCUGUGCUUCUCUCUAUCUGCUCUGGAAUGGAUGAGUGAAUGUGUUCUGGGUGUUUUAGGGAACAUAUUGAUAGAAAUGGCCACAUUGCAGACGAAAUCACUCUCUGUUUGUUUGUUUGUUUGUUUUAGAAAAGAAUUGAUAGUAGGUAAUUGGCAUCGAUUUUUCAGUUAUUUCAUUACCUUAUAAUAGUAGUUUUUGAGACCUGAAAAUUGUGCAAAUGUCAAAUAUUAAUUGUAAGUCAUAUCUAAGAAUUCUUUCUUGGCUGUCUUUCUAGGUAUUCCAUAAAAUCAACACAUUUUAAGGCUGAAAGAUACUGUAGAAAUCAUCCAGUCCCAAUCCCCCAUUUUAAAACUGAUUCUAGUAAAAUUAGGCCUGGUAACAUCUGUAUAUAUGUAUAUAUUUAAUAAAGAGUACUUGUACAAAAAAGGUUAUCAUAAAUUAUUUCAUGAAUGUGAAUAGAUUUCUGGCCUUGAGAACAAUGCUUGGAAAUGUGGUUGGAAGCACAAUUGAUUCACUGCUAGUUAUUCAGAGCUUACUUUGUUCCAGGAACUAUGCUAGAAACUGAUAGUUCACUAUUCUGAUGAAAAGGCUGUUUUAUUUGUUGUUGUUGUUGUUGUUUUGUCGUUGUUGUUGUUGUUUUGGUGAGGAACUCUUACUCUUUGCUAAUCUAUUGGCCUAUCUUAAGAAAUAAUUCAUUGACUAUUCAUUGGCUUCCUUUAAAAAAAGAAGUAUUCGUCUACAAAUCUUACAGAGUAUGAAGAGAUAAAAAGAAAUGAUUUUAGGUUUGUAGACAGGAGAUCUAGGUGAACUCAUAGAUUUUCUUUUCUUACCUUUACAUAUGAAGGUUUAAAAAUAAGUCAGGUGGCCAAAGAACGAGAAAGGACAAAAUUAACCAAGGAUUCUUAAUUGUUAAUUUGAAGAACACAUUAACUAGAAAGCUUAAACAUUAUUAUUAAGAUAAAUUAUUUCAUUUGCACACAACGUUAAUGAUGAUGAUGAUGAUGAUGAUGAUGAUAAUAAUAGUAGUAGUAUGUUGCUUGCUUUCCUUAACUGAAUUUCAUCGAAUUCAUUCAGUGAUUUUUAUUUUGGUCAUCAUUUCUAUCUUCCCAAUAACCCAGAGGUACAUCAAGUAAAAACACUUUUGUGAAGAGCCAGUCACUUUUACCUGUUAGAAAAUCUCACAAGAGUAAUUAGGGGCACCCAACGUUCUGGCUAUCUCUGAAUAAUAAUGAAUAAUUUUGGCUGUGAAUGGUACCCUUAUAUAACUCUUUUAAGGUGAAAUUCAGAGUAGUUUUAUUCAGGACCUAGUGCCUGCAGUCCAAGUUGGCCACUAACUGCUACAUAAUUACUUUCAAUUUCCUACAGGCAUGACUAGGUAUAAAAAUAUAUUUACAUGAUUAAUCUACAGUUUAAAAUGACUUGCACUUGUGCAUAUACAUAGUACUUUGAAUAAUGUAUAUUUUAAAUUGGACCUCACAAAUCUUGUAUUAAAGUAGGUAGAGAGUAGAGUCACCCUUUGUUUGAUAAAAUGAGUCAUAGGGAAGUUAAAUGACAAAGAUAAAAUCACAGGGUUGGAAAGAACUUUGAAAGGUCAUUUUUCAAUAACCUUACCUUAACAGUGACCCCAUUUUAAACAAUGCAUAAAAAAUUUAUUUGUGGCUUAUUUUACCCACGAGCUGGCCAAUUCUUUCUGGCCUAGAAAAAAAUCUCCGCUCUCCCCAUUCCUGUUCUCAAUGGUCUCCUCUUCUAAAUUUGUGAAUAAUCUCAAGUAGAAGGCACCAGGUGUGGAGAUGGGUCACUUAAUUUCAAGUUCUGACUGUCUUGUGGUUUUUGGCAAGUCUCUUAACCUCUCUAAGACUGAUUCCUCAUUUAUAACAGGGAGGAGGUGGAUUAUGUAAUAUCUAAGAGCUUUUCAGUUUUAAUAUUCUCUGAUUCUCAUAGUAAAUAAAAGCAUACUCUUGUAAUAAAAACACUGAAUAGUUUGCACCACAAUAAGUGCUUAUGGACAAAAAUUUAGUUCUACCGCUUGAUUACUUUAAGUUCAUGGCUUGCUUCAAACUAAGGUUUCCUUACCUUAAAAAAUAUGUAUAACAUCUCUCCAUUUAGAUUAAGUGUAUUCUUCCCCAGGGAAGAUUGUAUUCUUUAAAGACUGUAGAAUAUUGGUUAUUUCUCCUUUCUGGGAUUUCCUGGCCUUUUAUUCACUAAGUGGGCUCCUGCCCAGUUUAGAAACUGUGCUGAUUUUUAGAUAUACAGAGAUAAAAUUAGCCCCUUUCCUUGCAGGUAGUCACAGUCUGUUAGAGAUGAUGGAUGUACAGACAGAAAUUAUGGGGUGUAACAAAUGCUUCAGUAGAAUACAGCAGGGCCAAAACUAGGGUGAUACUCAUCUCAGGCACAAACAUAUAUGGGGACACCCAAACUUCAAUAAUCAAGAUACCUAAUAUUUAAGUCAAUAUUUUUAAAAAUCAAAAUUAAUGCAAAAAAUUUAUGAUGAACAGAAUAUACAAAUUUUAAAUAAAUUAAUGGAAUCAAUAGUAAUAAUAUUUUCUUCUGCCUCAGACUCCAAAAUUGCUCACAUAGCACUGAUCUAGAGGUGGAUAAAAGAUGCACAUAACUUAAGAACAUUGUUGAUGGAGAGGGACAAGAGUGAUAGCAGAGAAGCUUUCACAGAGAUAAUCUUAAACUAAAUUUUGUAGAAGGAUUUGUAGUUCUUAUAGCCUCCGUUCCCACUUCCACAAACAAACAAAAAAACAAAAGCACAAUUUUAUCACCACCUGAGGCAGGAGAGGAGAUGAAGAUGUGGAAAGUCAAAGGAAACUCUUACUACAAAUUCUUAGUUCAGUGUUUGGAGGGAAGGGUGAAUGCAGGGAAGUGAGAGUUGUUGAGGUUGGAAAGACCGAAACGGCCUGGAUUAGGGAGAGUUUUAUGUAAAUUACUAAAAUAAUGGAAUUUGUUCAGGAUUAGUGGCAAUUUAUUAAAAAUCUUGAAGGAUAAUGCUAUGAAAACUAACAUCCUCAUUUUUCUAUUUUAGAAAAAUCACCUGAUUAUUGUGUGAACUAUGGUUUGGAGGGCCACAAAUCUAGAGGUAGUGGAACAAUAGAGAGCUCUUAUUUUUUUCUUUCCUCUCUUAAACUUUGCCUUCUAUUCUUUUUUUUUUUUUUAAGUGCAAUUACUUCAUUGUCAUUUGUAAAAGUGAUACAUGACUGUUAAAGAUAGACAUUGCGGAAAUUUAAAAACAAUCUCAAAAUUCUACCACCCAGAAAUCAUAAAUAUUUUAUAUUUGGAUAUGUUUGUCUAGAAGAGUAGAUUGCUUGAUUAAAAGACACAGUUUUAUAAAUGUAGAAGCCAAUAUGACAUAUAUGCUGUCACUAAAUAAUACAAAAUUAAAUUGACUUAUAUCCAUAUAAGAUAAAAAUAGGAGGGUAAAACUGAAGAAAUUGUUGAAAUUUGGAUGGUGUUUCUUUAAAGCAAGAGAUUUAGAGAGUCGGUGCUUUUUCCCAGUUUUUAUUUCAGGAAAAAUUUCUGCAAUUAUGUCUAAGUAAAUUUUUUUAGAAAUGCCAAUUAUGUCAAAUCCCUUUUGUCUCUAUACAGUGGUCCCCAACUGUUUUGGCAAUAGGCACCGGUGAGGGUGGGGGAAUGGUUUUCAGAUGAAACUGUUUCAUCUCAGAUCAUCAGGCAUUAGUUGAUUCUCAUACGGAGCGGACAACCUCGCAUGCACUCCUAUGAGAAUCUAAUGCCUCUGACAGGAGUCAGAGCUCAGGCAGUAAUGCUCAAUGGGUGCCACUCACCUCCUGUUGUGCUGCCCAAUUCCUAACAGGCCAUGGAUAAGUACUGGUCAGUGGCCCAGGGGUUGGGGACCCCUGCUCUAUAACUAUUUAUAGUAUUCUUUGUAAUGACUUUGGUAUCUUUAAAAUUUUCUUUAACUUUUGUUAACCAUAACCCUAGUGAGUUUUCAGUUGUGAUUAUUCUAUUUUGUAACUUCUAAUGUACUUUUCAACUUCAUAGUGGUUUAUUUAGUUUUCCAUUGCUUUCUUGGUCACUGUCAUUUCAUUUUUCAUCUCUUUCUUCAUUUUUACCAUUGAUUUAUUGAAAUAUCUUCUUUGAGCUUCUCUCUUUCUCUAUUAAUGAGAUCAUGUCUAUAAUAUUUUUGAGACUACAGAGAACUAUUUAUAUAAACUCUUCCUCUAUUUCUUGAAAAAGUUUUUAUGUGGCAUGAGCUUCAUCUGCUUUUUCAUUGAGUUUUUGUCUCCCUUCCCUAUUUUGGGGCUGGUUUCUUUCUAUUAAUCACUGAGCAGAGCCAGCUAUUUACUGAACUAUAGUGUGGGAAGUGGUGGGAGGGUGAGUCAGAUCAGCCCACAGAAGCUAUUUAAAUUUCAGGUUUCAAGCCCACCUCCCCAAAACUGUUUUAUGUGUUUUUUCUUCUGCCCAGGCACCAUAUUUUUAAAUCUAUUUUUGACAUUUGGGUAGCCUAUGUAGUUCACAGUGUAAAACUCUCUGUUUUACUUUCUUUAUGUUAUUGCUGGUGAUUCUUGCUCUUAGUCCCACCCCCUUCCCCACAUUAAACUUAGUAUUCUAUAUUAUUCAGCAAACUUGUUCACAACUCUCAAAUAUAGUCUAUCAGAAUUUUUAUCUUUACUUCUACAUUCCACUAUUUGGAAGUAUAUAGUAAAAUCGUAUGAAGACAGAUUUUGUUUUUCUCUUGCCUGUUUACACUCCAUCCUACAGAGGUUUCCAACAAACCAUCUUUGUUUGAAAUAUCUCAGGACAGUGAUACUUACUGAAAUGUACAUCCUGCUUAAGAUAAAUGCCAAUCAAUUUCCUUUCUCCUAUUAGUGCAAAUGGCUACCUAUUUAAAAGCUACUGACUAUAGUUUGUCAUCAAUUACUUGUUAAUUAUGGAGUUUUCAUUUUUUUCUCAAUUUUUCAUUAUGUUAUUUUAGGAGGCUGUCUUAGGUGGGGAAUGAAUUAUGAAUAUUUUUAUUUCACCAUCUUUAACUGAGUCACCAUAUGUUAUUUGCACUUCCAAUAGACCAGGGAUUGACCAGAGUAUCUUUUACUGAUAUGACAACCAGAGCUACAUGGCUUUUACCUUCUGUAUAUCAGAUGUCACUGGAAUCAAGCAUUAAACCUAGAUUAAAUCUAGAUUAAACCAGCUCUAUGGCACCUCAGAAAAAAUGAGAAGGACUAGGAAGCUGAUAGAAAGAACUCCUGUAUAAAAAAUAAAUUCUUUUUACAUUUUCCUUUGUAGUAUUUCUGCAAGCUUCUUUAGUUUCUAUAGGGGAAUCCCAGAGUUGUCCUCUGAGAUUGCUUCCCUUGCCUUUUUUUAUUUUCAUUUUUCUCUCCUGAGCUUUACUUUUCAGUCAUGUAUUUCUAUCCCAAUGUUAAUUUAUUACACUGUUUAUAUUUUCCUGUCCUUCAAUUCAUCAGUAGAUUAGUGAAGUACUUAUUCCUUUAAUUAUAAGUAUAAACAUUUUUAAGUUCUUUUUGGAUAAUGAUACAUUUAAUGGAAAUUUUUUAAAUGCUUAUGGUUUCUUAACAGCUUUUCUCAACCACUAAUUACUUCUGUUAAAAAAUAAAAGGAAUACCCACGUGUAAUAUAAAAGAAACUUUGAAUAAAAUGGUAUCCUUUCCUUUUACUAGAGACAAACAUCUCCACUUCAAAAUGGAAAAAUGGAACUAUGCAAAGGAAAUUUACAAUGUUCAAGAGUACUAUAUUAUCACUGAACUGAUUAAUUUAAUUGAAAAUACUAACUUGUGAAAAAGAAUGACACAAAUGUAUUUGAAAUGUCACCAGAUACCUCAAGCUAUGACAGUUGGUCAUGUUAAACAAGUAGUAAAGGAUAAAUUAAAUAUAUUCUAUAUUAACACUAAGAUUUAAAUCUAAUUAUAGUCUUCUUUAAUUUUUCUACUAUAUACAUUUCAUUUAGUUUUCAGUAAAACAAACUUUUCAUUACUUCUACUUAUCCCAUGUAAAUCUAGUUGCUAUAAGAUAUAACCUACUUUGGAAAUAGCUUCCUAUAAUACAUUGGGAUUUUGGUGUGAGUGUGUGUGAUCAGAGAGAAUAAACAAAUGGUGUCAACAAAACAGACUGUAAAAUAUGGAGAUAAUGUGGAUUUAUAUAAUUUGAUAAAAAUUUCUCCCUUGAAAUUUGUAGAUCACAUAUGAAUAUCAUAAUGUGAAGUGCAGUUAGGAUUUUUUCCCUAUAUUAAUACAUAUACAUAAUCUCUUUAAUACAAUAUUUUUCUGAACUCAUUUGUUUUAUAUUUUAUCAUAUAUGUCAUAUUUUAUAUUUUCUCAUGUCUCAUAUUUUAUAUUUGCUCAUAUAUGUCUCAUUUUUAUUAUUACUAUAGUAUGCAUUAAAGGAGUCUGGCAAAUACCUGAACAAAGUUAUGUUGUUGGCAAUAUAAGAUACUACCAAUUGCAUAAUAUUAUUUCCAAAGGCAAAUUAAUAUGCAAAUUAUAGAUUUCCAUGGGUAUCUAUACAAAUUAUUACUUGAAGUCCAUAGGAAACAGCUUCCUUUGGGGGAAAUAAAAGAAGCUCUGAUAACAGAAAAUGUAUAGUAUUUCAGUUAAACUAUGAUUGACAUAUUUUUUUCUCAGUGUUUUAUAUUUGUGAAUUGUAGUCUGUAUUUUGUCUUUACAGAUGUUGCUAAUACAGUGUAGCAUGUUGGCUUGUCAGUUUACUGAUUAUGUAUAUUGUCUCCUAGUUCAAGUAUACAGUAAAUCAAAGCUUUCAUUUUUCAAGAGGCAGAAAAAAAAUUGUUGGUUGAUAAGGUAAGGUUAUAUGAUUUUGAGGGAGCUUCAUUUUAAAUUGAAUGAGAAUCCAGUUUUCAUGAAAAGCUGUAUCUAUGCGAUAAUACUUUGAAUGUCUAUAGUUUGAAAUAGGAGGUUAAUUUUUUCCACUGGUUUAUCCUUAAUGAAGGAAAUCCCCUGAUAUUUACUUUGAUUCUGAAAAUAUUGAAAAUUUCAGAAAAAAUAAAGGUUUUCUUUGAUUUUUCAGAUGAAGUGUUGUACAAACUGAGGAAUAUAAAGUUCAUUCCCUUCUUUCUUCUCCUGAAUAAUUUUAAAAUUGUUUAGUUGUACAAUUGAAAAUAUUCCUUAUUAUAGAAGUAAAAAAUGCAUAUUUCAUCAUAUCAUAAAAAACUAAAUUUGUUAUCAUCUGAGCUUCAAUAUUCUUGCUCAAUUAGAAUAGUAAAUGUGAAGUGUGAUAUUUAUAACAGUUCAAGGUUUGAUAGGAGAUAGAGGUGUUUUGAUUUUAUAGGAAAAUUGCUUCCUCAAGAACAUAUUUCUUGAGGUUUUAGUAAUCACAUUUGACUCCCUGAAAUUGGCAAUUUUAUUCUAUGUAGGAGUAUUAUCAUGGUAUACUAUAGUGAGGAGCACAUAGUCAUUAUUAUUUUGUUUUGGCAAAUUUAUUUUGAAAAAAAGGAACAUUAUCAAAUAUUGGUUUACAAUUUUAAAGUAAUUCAUCAGGAAAUGAUUUUUUAAACACUGUCUCUUUAAGUAAAUGUCCCUUGCUUUUCAAAGCUCAACUUAUUCCUCAUGGUAAUACAGUUCCUUUGCUUCUUAACACAAAGUUUAUACUAGAGCAUAGCAUUGUAGAGUUAUUCAGGUCUCAAUUUCUCACUGGAAAAUGAGUCUUUAAAAUAGUAAGGAUUUAAAUUUCUAUAAAAUUUAAUCAAAGAUACUUAUAUUUUAAGAUAAAUGUGUUGGAGCUAAACUCUGGAAUUAUUAAAAUAUAAAACAUAUCCCUCUAAUGUAUUUUUUCUAUUUAAAUUUAAAACAAUAAACAUAAAUAUCUUUGGAAUAUUUUUUUGGUUUGUGUAUUGUUUUUUCUGUCUAUAAAUAUCCUUCCUUUAAACUGGUCACAGUAUUUUGUCUGACUUGAUAGUUCACUUUAAAAUCCCUGCUGCUAUCAUGAAUGUUCCUGGUUUUUACUUAACAUCUAAUUCUCUGCAUGACCAAUACCACCAUCGAGAUUGGAGUUUUGCCAAAUUUUAAUGGUUUGAAAAAUUCUUUGUAGGUUAUAUGGAGGAAGAAAAGUUAUACGACCUGUAAUAUCUGAUGUGGCAUAAUAAAAACUUUUCACUAUGUGGUUUUGGUUCACUAAUGGAGUUCAAAUGUGUGUAUUUGUGUGUAUUUUUUUAAAGAUUCAACCCAACGAAGAGAGUUAAAAUUAAUAAAGUACAGCAAUCAAUCUAUGACUUAAUCUUAACUUGGAAGACCAAAGUAAAUGUCUGAGAAACUGAAUGGGAUUAACAUUUAAUAAAAACAUGUGAGUUUAUGCAUUUUAAUAUUUAGCUCAGAUUAUUAACUGUAAUUAGUUUGAUGAAAUAAAACACUUUGAAUACUG